AUGGAACCACCUGUGGAACAAAUCCUGCCCACAGAACAGAACCCUGAAGGUGGAGAACGCCGUCGACGCAUUGUAUCUCGAAUUGUAGCCGCAUCUGUGGUUAUCGAUGGUAGAUCCGUUAGCAUACCUUCAUUACCCAGACCGAUUCUCAUCACAUUUCAUCAUCAUCCUGAAGCCCUGCGGCGAAUGUCCUCACCCCAAUGUGCCUGGUGGGAUAUGGAGGAUCUGGAGUGGUCGCAAUCAGGAUGUAUGCUGAAAUCGCACAAUACAAGUCAUACUGUAUGCGCUUGUGAUCAUAUGACACAUUAUGCUGUUCUGAUGGACUAUGUCGGUCACGAGGUUUCGACUAUGGACAGUCAACUUCUCACGAUUAUCACCUAUGCCGGCUGUACGCUGUCGAUCAUUUGCCUCAUUGUGACAUUCCUCUGCUUUGCGAUAUUUGUAACUGGAGGAGGCGAUAGGUAUUUUUUUGCUUCGACAUUUAUCGUAGCAUUCCUUUUUCCUAUGUCUUCCUCUGCAAAAUAG